UCUCUUUCUCUCUUUCUCUCUCUGGCUCUGCCCAGUGUAAUUCAGGUAUCUCACUUCUCCUCCCCAUCUUUCAGGUGUGGCAUUUAGGUAAAGCUUUUGACGUAUUGUUCUUCCAUUCCUUGCCGGGACAGCAGCCAGUGAGGUUGCCGGCUUUUGUGAAAGGGUAAGGUAGUCCAAGCCUUCUGCUGUUACCUGACAGUUGCAGGAGAGAGAGAAUAAAGUGUUGAGGCCAGGAGAAAAAGCUACGGGAUGGAGACAGCAAGAGCAAAUGGGACCACAAGUAAGUCAGAAGACGUGAAGACCCCCGCCUCUCCACCAAAAGAGGCCGAAGAAGGGAAGAAACCGACUAGCCCAAACAAAGGGGAGAAAGAUGCCAACAAGAAUAACACCAUCCCUGCGCUGGAGAUAGAACAGCUCAAAAAAUCGAUAUAUUCUGGGGGUGACUGGAAGAGGCCAAUCAUCCAGUUUGUUGAAUCCGAUGAGAAGAGGUCAACCUAUUUCAACAUGGAGUCUGGGGAGGGCAAGAAGCCAGCGUUCCCCUCCAUGCCUCUAGGGGAGCCUCGGAGGUCCCAGAUGUCCUUCCCAGAAAGAGGGGACCUGAGAAAGUCUAUAUACAACAUGGAAACAAAGAAAACCUUCACCAGCGAAGGGGAUGUCAAGAAGCCACUGUAUUCCAGUGGGCAGAUUGCAGAUCUGAGGAAGCCCCUUGGGGAAUCUGGAGACACCAAGAGAUCCAACUUCAACCGGGUGAGCAGAGGGUCCAGUUCAAGGCCCCGGGUCCUCGAAGAGGUCCUCUGCGACUCCUGCAUUGACAACAAGCAGAAGGCCGUGAAGUCCUGCCUUGUGUGCCAAGCCAGCUUUUGUGAGCUCCAUCUGAAGCCUCACUUUGAAGGGGCUGCCUUCCGGGAUCACCAGCUCCUUGACCCCAUCAAGGACUUUGAAGCCAGGAAAUGCCCUGUGCAUGGCAAGACGAUGGAGCUUUUCUGCCAGACGGACCAGGUCUGCAUCUGUUACCUCUGCAUGUUCCAGGAGCACAAGAACCACACCACGGUGACGGUAGAGAUUGAGAAAUCCGGCAAAGAGACCGAGCUCUCCCUGCAGAAAGAGCAGCUGCAGCUGAAGAUCAUUGAGCUGGAAGAUGAAGUGGACAAGUGGCAGAAAGAGAGGGACCGUAUCAAGAACUUCACCACCAAUGAGAAAGCCACGGUGGAUCAGCAUUUCAAAGAGCUGAUCCGUGACCUGGAGAAGCAGCGGGACGAAGUGAAGGCCAGUUUGGAUCACAGGGAGAAGGUUGCCGUGGAGAACAUCAAGGAGAUUGUGGAGGAGCUGGAAGAAAGGGCCAAACUCUUGCAAGAAGACAAGGAGACCAGGGAGCAGAUAGGCCAGAUCAGCGACUCAGUGCUCUUCCUGCAGGAAUUUGGAGCAAUGAUGAGGAGCUACACCAUUCCACCCUCCCUGCCGACGUACAGCAUCCUGCUGGAGGGAGAGAACAUGAGCCCGUCUAUGGGGAUACUGAGAGACGACCUCCUGAACGUGUGCAUGAGACAUGUUGAGAAAAUCUGCAAGGCAGACCUCAGCAGGAACUUCAUUGAGAGGAACCACAUGGAGAACGGAGAUCACCGUUUCAUGAUGAACAACUACUCUGACUGGAACCAGCCAGACAGCAUGAAGAGGUUCUCCAUGUUCCUGAAUCCAAAAGGAGGAAACUACAACACUAGAGCCUGGGAAUUUUCUGCCUUGCAGACUGCAGAGGAGUCCAUUACAGCAGGGAACUCUGCUUACUCUCUGAAAGUGGGCAAUGGGACCAAGAUGCCUUAUCAGUUCCCCCCAAUUGGCCAGAGUUCACCGGGAGAUUUCAGCAAGCAGUCCGACGGGAGCCUCUAUACCAAGAAUGCUUACCCUUCCAUUGUGAGGCACCAAGCCACUAAGGUGCAACCUCAGACAUGGAAGUCCUCCAAGCAGAGCAUGCUGUCCCACUACCGCCCCUUCUACGUCAACAAGGGCAAUGGAGUCACUUCCAAUGAAGCACCUUGAUCCUAGAGGAUUACAAGAGGAGUCUGUUGUGCUAGGACAGGAAGAACGUAUGAAAAUUUUCAUGGAUGUCUCAACUGCUGCUGCUGUAUUAACCAUGCUGUUUUAAUCUUUUUUCCCCCUUUUUUUGUAAUUGAUGGGAGGUGGAGGACGGUGCUCUAGGAAGAAGAUGCAGUAGUGCAUGCCCCAUUCUAGGAGGGAAUGGAGACCAUCUCUCUAGCUGUAUUAGGGCACCGUCAUGUUAUUCUUGGUAACAGCUUUUCAGCCCCUGAGAAAAUAACCCCAAAUGCAAACCUAGUUCUAUAAUGCAUCCCUUUCCCCCUACCUAUCUGCUUAGCUCAUGCUAGGUGUCUAGUAGGGAAGAUGAGAUCUGAGCUGGGCAUCACUUUUCUUCCCACCAGAAGGUCUGCGCCAUGCCACUGGACUUCUCAACGUAACCACUAUUGUUUUCACCCAGCUUUCUGUUUGUUAUAACUGCACCCUUAUCCACUCCCAUCAGAGACACCCUCUUGACUUAUAAUGGGGGCUCUUGCUGUGUAGACGCAACCCCAAAACCUGUUUGCUAAUAGCAACAGCAAUAAAAGAAAAACCCACAAACUUCUAACAAUUCCUUGUUGCUACUUAACUGGGCAUUGCCUGUGAAUUGAAAGCCAAAAGGAUUCGUGGUGGCCCAUUGAUACAUCCUCCCUCCCUCAAGCCAGCCAGCUUCUCAAAUUAUAGAAGAAAGUGGGAGAAAUCUAUCCUGCUAAUGGAAGAUUGAUUAGAUGUCUCUGCUAUUCCUUUCCCCUCAACCCUCUGAUGAUAUUGGCUGAUAUGCUCUGGUUCAGUUGUUUUGUUUUAUUAUCUAGAAGAAGAGUUAUUACUGGAAGUUUUGAGAUUUAUUCUUACAAUGCUACAACGGGACACUGUGUGUGCGUGUGUGCGUGUGUGCAUGCAUCUGCACCUACUGUUGCAAACUGAAUCAGUGUGAGGUGAGAACCAGGGCAAGGGUGUUGCUGUGGCUUGUGCUGUCCUAACCAAAGAGCUACAGUCGUCAUGGGAACCAUUUCGCCCAGUCCCUAGAAUUGGUACCCAAGCUUGAAGGCCACUGGCCAUCUCCUACAAAGUUCCAAGAGUCUCAAUCUUCAAUGGAUACUGGACACAUUUGAAAGCACUGGGACCCUUCCUUGGAAGGACACACUCUUUAGAAUUGCAACACUGUUGGGAAGCCUGGUUGGUUUCCAUUGCGUGCCAAGGCCCCGUGACUCGCAGUUCCCUAGUGAUUAAUAAACACAUGGACAUGAGUAUUUAGGUUUAUGGGUUCAAAUAGGCCACAACUUUAUUGGUUACAGAUGUGAGCGGUUUGGUUUAGGGCAUUGGGUGAAGCCAGGCUAUAUCUUGACUCUCACCUGUGUGCAGGGAGUCCAUCUAAGGGUAAAUGACCAAUAAGGGGAGCCCUAUGACUUACAUCAAAUAGGGGCACCCCGGGGGUCCCUGUUGGGGUCAUGGCAUUGCCCUAGCCCAUUUCCAGCCAUUGGACAGGAUCCACACCCCCGGAUCCCUUUAACAGGAUACCCUUAUCGAGAAGGGGCAGGUGGAGGCUACAACCUCCCCUCCAUCCAAACAAAGGUUUACUCAAUGCCUAACCUCACAAAGUUGUGACGAUUGCUACAAGGUAGGCAAAAACCCAAUGGCUGGUGCCAGUUUGCCAAGUGGAAAAAAUUCCUACCCGGCCCCAACAAUAUGAUGGCUGACAUUUGUCCAUAGCAAGGUCAUGUCAGAGCAAAGCAUGAAAAGAGGGUGGGUGGGUUGGGAGAAACGGCAAAAGGUCAAGAGAGGAGAAGCCCCCAACCACUCUGUGGUUAAAUUUCCUGUGGCCAUGCGCCCUAUUGGCUCUGAUUGGCCAGUGGGGCCAACUGGGCAUGGCCCCGCCCAGCGCCAGUGACGUGGCUGGGACAGCACCAGGGUGCUGUCUACUCCCCGGCCCCAUGCUGGAUCACUGCAGGGGCCCAGAUGCCUGGACACAACACUGCCCACCAGAAAAGGUGAGUGGACUUAUUGUUCAUGCCUGUUCCUUAUAGCAGCUUGCUUUCCCCACUCCUGAUACCUGGAAAUAUACUCAAACAAACAAACAAACAAACACACAGAGCAUCUGACUAACAGAGGUCACACCUUUUGCAUGCUGAAAAUUACCUUGUAGCUAAGCCCUCUGCAAAAAGAAGCAAGACCCUCCCCACUUAAACUACACUGCUCUUAAACCAGUGCUUUAGACUUUUAAAAGUUUGUGGUGUGAAAGAUCUUGACACUAGGACCCCUAAUAUUCUGGGGUGUUCUUAUUUUUUGAAGAAGAAAUGUUCCAAAAUGCAGAAACUGAGGCAGGUUUUAAGAAGUCUGAGAAGUGGGGAUGGGGUGGCGGAAUGUAUAGAUAGAGAUGUAUUUCACCGAAAGGGAAUUUAAAGUAUAGAGUUCAACAAAGCCCUCAAGGACCAUCUCGUCUCACUUCUGAACAGUUCCUUAGAGGGGGAAGCACCUCUCCUCCAAGGUCCUAUUGAUACCAUCUGUAGAAAAAGAUUUCAUAAGCUGCUGAAGCAUUUUUCUCUGUUGCCCAACCUGUUCUUCCCUGACAACCACCCUGAAUUUUGUUUGUCACUGUUUUGGACUGUUCUUGCUUUGUUGUUGCCUUCCUUUCAGGGUGAAAGUUCUUUAAGGUAAUAAAAAUUAUGCAUUGGUGUUUUUUUUAAAAAAAAAUAAACAAACAAGAUAGAGAAAGAGAGAGCUCAGAGCACGUUGCUAGAUCUCAUGAUGGUGACUGAUUUGUCUUGUUCUAUUAGUGCACUAUGAAGCCUCCCCACCCCACUCAAUUUAACAUAACCAUUUUUUAUGUUGGGAAGAAUGCCUGUAGGUUUUCCAUGAAGACCGCUGGAGAGAGGCCAGUUGAGAACAGGCUGGGGAGAGCAUCAUGUCCUGGUUUCCAGUGAGCAAGAGGGACAUGCUUUACAUCUCCCCUCCCAUUCCAUAGAGACAAUGCAGAAUUUUAUCAUUUGCACUCCUAUCCACAUUUCCAUGCCCCAAAGAAAUCAAUUGAGGCUGCCCCUCCUUAGCUAUUGCCACUGAAAUGAAGCCACGUAAUUGGGGAUAUGGAUCUAUUGCUAACCUGCAGGAUGAGGCAUAAUGCAAGCAAAACGCAUUUGCACCAUCACUGUUUAAGAUGGCAAAAUAGACAACCUGAAGUCUUGUUCCCCUUGUAAUUGCUGCCUAAAAAGUCCUCAUGCAUUUGCAAUUUGUUCCUCGUGGUGUUGAUGAUCUCGAUUAAGCAUGGUGGAUUAGCUUGCAGGAACGAGGGAGCUUUCGCAAGACCAGUGUUGCUGCAGCUGGCAAAGCUUAUUUUGCUUAUUCCCAAAUGCUUUUUAAAAUAAAAAUAAAAAUGGUGACACUGAGAAAAAAAUUCAACACUCCAGGUGAAGCUAGAGCAAAUAAGCAAAGCAUAAGUGUCAGACAUGACCUGAAUGGAUAGCUCAAUUGGUUAGAGUAUGGUGCUGAUAAUGCCAAGGUUGUAGGUUUGAUCCCCAUAAGGGACAGCUGCAUAUUCCUGCAUUGCAAGGGGUUGGACUAGAUGUUCCUCAGGAUCCCUUCCAAUUAUUUGAUUCUAUGAAUGUGGUGUGAAAGGAAAUCAAAACCAGCUGAUCACCAAAAGAGAGCGUGCUUUGCAGAUCCUCCUUUUAAACUCCCUCCUAGUCAUCUGCGUAUUAGAAGAAUCCAAAGCAACAACCAACCCAACAACCCACUGCAGCCAAAAUAUUCCUCUUCCAUAAAGAGCUCUUAAUUUGUGCUUGUCCACCUCCAGAAAAUGGUUCUGGGGCUAAACCUCAGACUGGAUGUAGUAGUGAUGAAGUCAACAAUGCCUUGAAGCUUGUAUGGAGAGUGUCUUGCUAACCAGACAAGCAACUCCACACAUCCAGCCCCCCCCCUCCCCAAGGUAUAUAAAUGACUUAAGGAAUUCAUAGCAAUAAAAUUAACAAAUUAUGAAUGAGUAAUAAUAAGGUCCUGGCUGAAGAGGGCUGGCCGUAAGGCAGGCCUGAUCCACAACCAGCAGGACCUCUUUAGGGAUCCAUUCCUGGUUGCAAAAUGAGAAGCAAAUUAUCAGAGGGAGGGGGAGAGUCUCAAGAGAGCUAGCUUGGAAGGGCUUGUAAUGUUUUUUAUAAUAAAAAAAACAGAUUUCUGUCCUUUGAAUUUGAGGUGUGUGUGUGUGUGUGUGUGUGUGUGUGUGUGUGUGUGUUGUCACACUGUUUUGCCUUUUGUUUUACAACAUUCCCUGUUCUGGAUGAUGUCACAAUUUAGAGGCUUCUGAGGCGGAGGUGCAGGUUUAAAACACUAAUAGUGACAAGUUAAUGUUAAUUGACUUCAGAAAGGAGGUUUAUGUAGACGACUUUGCUUUGUAAAUGUCCCUGAAAAUAGAACAGUAGAACUUAAAAAAAUAAAAUAAAAUAUUGUUUUUCUCCA